AUAUUUGUUGAUCAGCAGCGCGCGCUGCGCCAUGUAAAAGUGGUUGAACGGGUUAAAGAAAGUUCAAUUCGCAGCACAGCAUUUUUACGAAAUAAUGUAGUCGUUUAAAACUAUAGAAUUUAAAUAUUUCAUGCGAUUUUGUGACCUCUGGUGAACAUAGACUAGAACUGACUUUAUUUUACCAUUUUUCACUCGAUGAACACUUGUCAAAUCCCCAUGGACGCCCUCUUACCGCCCCUGGAUCCCGUGAACAUCGUGGAACUGACAGCACCACUUGAAUUCAACAAAAAUCAGGAGAGCAUGGGUGCAAGUGGGUCAUCCCUCCCUGACAAUGAGACCAUCAGCAAACCUGUGGGUCCUCAGUUCGAAGCAGAACUACCACCUUCGCUACUCUCCUUGUGUAAUGAAGAUGCUGUACAGCCACAUGCCUGUGAAGAACCUGUCCACCCUGCUGAACAAGUCUUUUCAGCAGAAAAGACCGAAACCGCUGUAACGGUGGAGGAAGGACAACCUUCAGCACCUUUGAAAUCUACCAUAGGAAAUUUAGAACGUCUUAUAGUAGAGUGUCUAAGCACUUCUCCAGCAGAUGAAAAUGAAACUGCUGUCCAAGCACAAGGAAAACGUGAAAACAAUCAAUCCAAGCAAAAUGGUUUCACUCGCCAAGCAACUUGGCAAGAGAAUCAGAUUGAGAGAGACGCAGAUGACAGGAUGGCCAUCCAGAGUGUGUACAUAGACAAGCAGGAACCCUUGAUGCCAGUUGAAGUGAACAAAAUUCCGGAAGAACAAGAAGUCUUAGAAGUAGAAGGAGAUAGUGAUCUUGAAACGACGGAGCCAGUCAUUAAAGAGUGCAGGGUCGUGGUUGAUAGGAGAGUGGUUGCCAGGUAUUUCUACAACAUGAAGAAGAGGAAAAGGCGGCAGCUGGAGCGUGAAAUGGCCCAACAGGAAGAAUCGAAUGACGUACCCACGGACUCAUCGUCAGGAGCAGAUAGUCGAUCUCGUCGGGAGAGCACCCUGAUGCAGGAGAAGAGCGCCCGCUCCGUCAUUCUGACCCGGGUAAAAUGCAAGGAGUGUCAAGACAGCUUCCUGGGUUCGCAGAAUCUUCGUAAUCACUUUCGAGUGAAGCACUUGGAUAACGAAGAUGAAGAAAUCUCCGAGUGCGGCCGCGUCGUACAAUUCCAGUAUUGUCCCCUGUGUAGUCAUCGGUAUCGAAUGAAAGGAGAUUUUGUUCGACACAUGUUCAUGCAGCACAAGAUUGGCAGGCAAUUGUUUGAAAAAGUUGAUUCCUACAACAGAGAGAUGGUGGCCGAAGAAGUUGCCAAACGACUGCAGAAACAGAUUUCCAAAGAAGAAGCCAGUGCCUUGAAAAAGGUCGAAGUGGAAAUCGCUUCUAUAAGGAGGACGGAACGCAAAGCGACGACUAUCUUGCCGGUGGUUGAAAAGGUUAUAUUUGACUGCCAACACUGCCCCAAAAAAUUUGAUAUUAGAGGCAGUCUCUCCAGGCACAUGACCUAUGCCCACCCAGAACUACGAGACGAGUAUUUGAGGAAUAUUAUUAUGCAGGCACAGGCUCCUGUGCCAAAGAAGCCCAUGGCAGGGCCAAAAUCGGCGCCUUUCCGUCAGAAAGUGGUUCCCAUGGCCAGCGCGAUCAAGGCUCCUCCACCACCUACCCCACCUGUUGCCAAUUUCUUCAGUUGCGAGUGGUGCCGCGACCGCCUGAAGACAACCAAGCAACUCAACACCCAUCUUAGGUCCAAACAUAGCAUGCCGGAAAACAUGAGCCCUGAUGGCUGCAACUUGCCAGAAUUUUUCACAGCCCUAGAGCUACACUUUUAUGUGGUUGAACAGGAGGAGAACUGCUAUGAGUGCGUUAGCUGCAAGGAGACGUUUGCUGAGAAAGUCGGACUUCUUGAGCAUUUUUCUGGUGAGCACUUGAAGAGCAAAGUGGAAGGGAUGCAAAUAAAGCUGGAGUGCGGCGUCUGCAACCAUAAGGAUAGUGACGUGCGAAACCUGCAUGAUCACAUGUGGAACGAGCACGCCAACCAGAAACUUGAGGAGAUUGUAAUGCGCGUGGCUGAGGUUCGCAAAAAUCACCGUUGCGGGGAUGAAUGCGCCCUGUUGUGGAAGAAGCCUGUUGUGUCUGUGGUGGCGGCUCCUCGAGCGAUGGAGGCCAAAAAGAGGCCUUCGUCGGAGGUGGUCGCACACCCAAGGCCGGAGAAAUCCCGUCGCCAAGACUUUUCCCCUGUAACGCCACAGCAGCGCCAGUUUGACCCAAGCAUGGCUGACGACGAUGAGGAUCUGCGGCGGAUGGAAGAAUUGGAGGAGCAGGAGCUGCUGAAGCAACAGCAGUUGUCCGAUAAGCGUCGGGAGGCGUACAACAAGUACAGGAAUAAGUUGAGUUCAGCAAAGCAGAGGAAAAGGGAAAUAAACCAGAAGUACAAGGCAAAAAAAGCGCAAAUUAGAGCAGCGGCAGCAGCACAGGCACAAAAUGUUGCCAAGGUUCAGUCCAAAGUCGUUCAAUACGAGAACAAAACGCUCGCAAACAAAGAUGUCUUCAGGGUGAAACGCUGCUUAUUGUGCCAGGUGCCUUGUGAAGAUGUGGAAAAGCACAUGGAAGAAGUUCACAUGUCCUCCACUGCCAACAUUAAGAAAAGUAUUGAGGCAAGGGUUAAAACUCCAAUCAAAGUGCCACCCCAGCCAGUCCGGAAGCCAAAUAACUCAAAACCUAUGCCACUGAGCAAAAAGAGUGCCACUCAAUCUACGACAAGUCUGGUUCGUUGCAAAAAAUGCAACAUCUCAUUCCCAGACAUUGUCGCCCUGAUGAACCACAGAAUAAAUUGCAUGUUCAGGUCACCAACCUUUGCCACCAGCACCUCCAGUUCCACGAGCACUCACCCUCCUUCAGUCGCAACUCCUGAAUCUUCUAAAAAGACACAACAAGCAGGCGCCCAAUUUGUUCUAAUGGAGGACGCUGUGGGUCCGUCAUCCUUUAAGUGUCAGUCGUGCAGGAAAAAUUUCACUUCAGUUGGGGAGUGGCAGGCACACAUUCAGGAGAAGCACUUGGACGAAGUCAUGUGCGAAUUGUGCAACAUGCCCUUCAAAGACGAACUCACCCUUGGAAAGCACAUAAACCGCCAGCAUGGGGUCAGCUACCCUUGUGUGGCGUGUGGCAAUCAAUUCUCAAAUAAGAAGCUCUUUAUCCAGCAUGUAUUUCAGGCGCACAGGCUUAACAAACAGCUAUUUGCCAAAAUUUCACUGCUGAACUUGGACCAGAUCGCCAAAAUUUUUGAAUCUCAAGGCUUCACUGCGUCUGAAAGAUCAAAUGAACCAGAGGUGAACCUAAAUUUGUUGGAACCUGAAAUCAAGUUGGAAUCCCCAGACAUGCCAGUUGUGUACCAAUGUGAACUAUGUGACGCCUGCUACUCGACUCCGCAGGAGAUCAGAUACCACAUGAGUAACGUUCACUAAUCAAGCCAUCUCUAGCAAAUGCCUUAAUUAUAUAUUUUGCACUUUUAUUUACUGCAUUUUCUGUUAGGUUGGCAUUUAACAGGAAGAUAACGUUUUGCCAAUUUAUUUUUAUUUCUGGAAUUGUGUAGUCAAUGUAUUAUUUGAUGAAACAAAAUAUUGAUCAUAAAUAAAUUUAGUAAACACAAGAA